GCCUCUUCAACUACGACUUGGACGACAACGUCGACUACUAUUCUUAUCACGCUGUACCUAUCCUCCGACUCACUCUCGUUUCGUCCUCUGACAUAUCUACGUCUCACUUGCCACCUCUCCCCCAAAUGUUCUUUUCGUCAAGGAGGUGAUAACCCUUAGUCCUUAUCGUCUGGCUAUCCCUCGCUCAGGCUGGACCUACUUCUCUCGUUCGCCUUUAUGUCUCAACCCCACGGUUUCUCUACAAAUCCCAUCUCACCUCAUGGAGAUCCAAACGGUAGUCUGCGCACAGGCAAAGCCUCCUUCAGCAACCCCGCAAUCUGCGCCCGCGCCUGAGAAACGGAAGCGGGUGCGCCGAUGGCACCACCGGGGGUUUACCGGCUGUUCGACAUGUCGUCGACGUCAUGUUCGCUGUGACGAGGCUUCACCUUCGUGCAAGAAUUGUACUCGUUUAGGUCUAGAAUGUGACGGCACACAAGGCCGGAUGACCUUCAAGGUCUAUGGCCCACCUCAAGCGCCGGAGUCUUCGUCUUCACCACCGAAAAAGCGAGAGCCAAAGAAGCCUAUCUCGCAUGUCCUGGAUCCCACCGAUGGCAAUAAAUUGAUUAAAAUUGAACCUGGCGAAGAGGACGAAUCCUACGAUGCGCUUGUAGUAUCCCCAACCACCAUCCCGGAAUCGAAGCCGAUGAAAUAUCGAUUUCAGGAACCCAUUUCGCCAGCCGUCUUCAUGUCUUCGUCAUUAGAUUGCGUGGAUGGCCGCUAUUAUACGCAUUUUAUCGACAGUGUGGCAACCUUGCUACUGAUCUACGAUAACUCAAUCAACAUCAACCCUUACAGACGAUAUUUCCCCGAACUGGCCCGGUCAUCGCCGACCAUGGCCAACGCGAUGCAGGCACUGGGAGCAUUACAUCUCGCAAAUACAUCUAGAGGCCAACAACGGAAUCUACACUUUCAACGGGCCAUGGGCAAAUAUGGCGAGGUGGUCAAGUCUUUCCGCACUCGGUAUACGCAGCCCGACCAGAACCUGCAAUUAACCGACCUCGCCACUUGUUUAUUACUCUCUCUUUUCGAAAUGAUGGACUCCCAAAAUCAUAACUGGAACAUUCAUCUGAAAGGUGCUCGUGAAAUAUAUCGUCUACUUUUCCAUCCGAAUAGUGAUCCGGCCAAAGAAGCGCAACGCCAAGCCGAAAUGAACCACCCACUUCGACAUUUUCUUGUUUCUCUCCUUUCUUACCUUGAUGUCGCAGGCGCCUGUGCCACUAGCGAAGGGACUAUAGUUGAGGGCAGCUACUGGAGAACGCAUGGUGGCGGCUGGGAAUAUAACCUGGGUAUCCCAAGUUUGUCGGCGGAUACACCCGCCGAGAAUCCCCUUCUCGUGGAACUUCGCCAGUGUUGGUCUCAGAUGAUGGAGAUCCAAGCAGCUAUCAGUUCUUUCGGCAAGGCAAAAAGCGAGGGGCAGCUACCCCCUGAACAGCAAGACUUACUGUGCCAGGAUCUCAUGGGACGGCUAGUCCAGUGGCGGCUCAAUGCUCCAAAGUGUAUCCAAGAAGUCGGCGAACUAGACGACGAGAGCUUGCAGCGAUAUCCCUACCCACAAGUCUUGGAAUAUGCUGGCUGUAUCGAAUCCUACGAAAAAGCGACCGUUGUCUACUUGCAUAAGGUCGCAGACGCAGACCGCCCAGACCGCGUUCCCCAAAGAGCCCUGCUAGACAUGCUUGCGUCGCGAAUCUUGAAUCUGAUUGGGAAACUUGCCAAAGAUGUUGGCCAGCUGGCAGUGCUGUGGCCUUUGUUUACCGCAGGCCGCGAGACUCGCAAUGAGCGUGAGCAGAAAUUUGUGCGUGAAACCAUGAUCAACCUCCAACGGUUCGGGUUCAAGAAUGUUGAAAAGGGCCUGGAAGAACUGGAGAAGGCAUGGUUUAAGCAACGCGCAUUCCCUGAUGGGUGGAUAGACAGAAUGGAGGACGUUCGGUCCUCGAUCCUCCUCCCUUGAUCUUGCACAAAAGCGCUCAGUACGACCAACGAGGCUUUGGCCCAUUUGUGGCGAUGGAAGACGAUUGUAUCGUCUGCUACCCACAAAACCUCCCUCUCAUGGUCAAGGAGGGCACCAUCUUCGCAAUCUUUGGUUUUCAUUAGCGACGGUCGGGAAUCUGCGUUGUGAAUAAGUGAUAAAUAUGGCGUUAGGGCGCGGACAGCCAUCGAACGGGGCCGGACCCUAUGAUUCUGAUUCGUGGAACUACUAAUACUGUUGAGAUCAUCCCGUGAGGCUACUCGCUACUGGAUAUCAUCUAGCCCUGUUCAUCUGCGGGAACCUCCAACAUGGAAUUGAACAUUUAACUUUGGAACAUACGGUGUAUAGACUUGGGGCGUUUUCU